AUGGUGACCGGAAUAGAAGCCACUGGUGUGGCGUUGGCCAUUCUUCCCUUGCUUGUGAACCAACUGGACAACUAUGCACGGGGCUUAGAAAAGAUCAAAGCCUUUCGACGAUAUAAGUGGCAGUUGGAGGACUAUUCAACUGGACUGAGUACGCAAUAUGCCAUUUUGCUGAAUACCUUAGAGCUGUCUCUUGAAGGUGUUGUGGAUGAUCACGACGAAAGAUCUGAGUUGAUCAGCAACCCUAGGGGGCCUGGGUGGAGUGAGAGAGGGUUUCAACAACAAUUGACCGAAAAGCUCGAUCGCAACUAUGUCCCUUUUACCCGAACAGUAAGAGGACUGUGCGACCUUCUAGAAGAUCUGUCUCGAAAACUGGGACUGGAGACAGCGGAUUAUACAACGGCAAGCUACCACAGCAUUUUCACACAACCGCUGAACGCCCUAAAGUUUCGCAAAGUUUUUUCCAUUGCAAUUUACCAGGAUCUCCUAGAUAAAAUUGACAAGACAAACCAAAUCCUGAAGACCCUGAGCGAGCAAUCUCAACAACGGGAUGAAUCUCGACGCGGCCCGGCCAAAAGAAGGAAAUAUCUGAAUCGGUAUCGAGACAACAGACGACAUGCAAAGGCAAUUUAUGCAAUCAUGGUACAAAAUAGUCAAUGUUGGAGUGGUUCAUGUCACGACGAACACUCCGUCGGAUUCCAGCUUGAUCAAAUCGUCUUGAAUGGAACAAAGGGCUCAAGUGAUGCACCCUUGGACCCAAAAUUCCACUUGAUCCUUCCACCACCAAAAAGUGAUAGCGCCUCAUAUCAUCAAGGCCGAUGGCACGAGAUCAAAGUGGUAGCGAGCCCGAACGUCGAAUCCUGUUGCCUUCCUCAAGACCCUCAAUUGCCCGCUCGAACACGAAAAGUCCAAUUUACUACAUGUUCACCGGCAACAGUCUGCAUGGAGAAUGUCCACACAGGGCCCAUUCGUGAACUAGGCUCUCCAAUCGCCGAUUUAUGCUCCACCCUUGAUCAGUUUGAUGCCACGAGUCCGGAGGCAAACUUGGAUUCUAUUGGAUACAUCAGCAGCGAACAGGCCUCAUUCGGAAGUCGAUACCACAUGAGUCUAGUACGUAGCAUUCAGCAUGGAAUGCAUGUUCAUUCCUUGCAAGAGAUACUGAUUGGAACCCCGUCCCUGCCGGACUCUCCGAUUCAAAGAUCCAAUGAAUUAAGCCGUCGCGACAGGCUCCAUCUUGCCACCCUUCUCGCUUUCAGCGUUUUCCAGCUUCACGGAACAUGGCUCCAGCAGAAAUGGGGAACAUCCGAUGUUCUUUUUGUUCGACCCCUGCAAUCUACCUUUCCUCAAUAUGAACGCCCGUACCUUUUACGGAGUGUUCGGAGAUCAUCCGAGACGGGCCUCGGCGGGGCAGCAUCCGAAGUAUGCACGGAUUCGAGACAACGUCAUAUCGCAAAUUACAUUCUCUUUCCGCUUGCACUUGCGCUGAUCGAACUCUCACUGGGGAGAGCGAUCUGUACACUCGUGCGACCUGGAGAUGGAGAUGCCUCUGAGGAAGGUUCACAAUUCAAUACUGCAGCGAGACUGCUGCGUGACGUUUACUGCGAGAGCGGAUCGAGCUACGGUGAUGUUGUUAAGGAGUGCUUGUACUGGUCUAAAAGCCAAGGCGAUGGCUUCGAGGAUCCCCACUUCGAUGAAUCCGUGUUUGACAUUAUUGUCUCACCUCUCCUGAAGGACUUUGACUAUUUCGAUGGCAUCUCCGCUAGAGUACACUAG